UUACGUGCAAAAAUGUCUGUGUACCCCAGGCUGGAAGUCUGUAGAGAUUAUAUUGACAACAAAUGCAACCGGGAUGAAAAUUCUUGCAGAUUUGCCCAUCCACCUGAAAACAUCAGAAUAUCAAAUGGGAUGGUUAUCUGUUGUGCAGACUCUUUGCAGGUUUUCUUGCAGCAGCCAAAACAUUUUGUUUAA